UUUCAUUUUCCGAACUACCCACUGACUUGUCCGAAGUCCGUUUACUGUCUCCUCCAUUAAAUUCGCCAUUAAAACCCUUUUUUCUCUCUCUGUCGGGGACUCUGCAAAUCGUAUGGAAAAAAAAGUUAUGAGCUACGAAAGCUUCAUUUUCAUUUCUCUUCAUAUAGCGUAAAGUCUGAGUCUUUCUUCCCGAUGUUAUGACUUAAUCGGUGUUUAUGAAGCUGUAGUUAUGGAGCUGAAGUGGGUUUCUUGUCGGAAACAAUCUCUGUUCUUGAUCUCUUGUCUGGCUCUGCUUUGUCUCGCGUCCUUGGAUACUAUAUCAUGUGAAUCAACUCAGAAUGCUACUGACUUCAAGAAACGAUCUCAGACAGUUUCUUGCCCUCCUGAUUGGAUCAUUGGACCGAACCAAACCAAGUGCUAUGCUUACUUUAAAAACUCUACUUCAUGGGAGAAGUCAGAAAUGUUCUGUAGAACUUAUGGUGGUCACUUAGCAUCGCUUGCAUCGAGCAAAGAACUCAGCUUUGUUCAAAAACUAUGCAAUGGAAAUGUUAGCAGUUGUUGGAUUGGAGGACGAAGUAUGAAUUCUUCUACCUCAGGUUUCCGUUGGAGCUGGUCUGAUCCUAAGACUCCUCAAUGGAACCAAUCCAUGUUUCCUAAAGUUCCAAUUCGCACCCGCUGUGGCAAUGGCAACGGCAGUUCAUCGUGUCGUGCUAAUAUAUGUAUAGCCGUGACAAAUGGUUCAUCAUCAAUAUUCGGUGAAAGAUGUAAUGCGUCUCAUGCUUUUGUUUGCGCUGUUGAUUCUGAUAUCAAAUGUCGCAAUUGUCACAAAUAUCUAGUUAUCCUCGCUGUUGUCAGCGGUUUGAUUCUCUUCACGACAUUCGCCAUUAUAUUAUGGCUCCUUGUCUAUAAGCGAAGCAAGAAACGCCGAAAAUCACGAAAAGUAUCUAAUCCAGCUUCAUCAUCAUCAGUAGUUCCUCCUUCAUGGAAGAUCUUCACUAGUGAAGAACUGAGAUCAAUGACGAAGAACUUCAGUGAAGCAAACCGUCUAGCUGGGGACGCGAAAACCGGUGGAACCUAUAGCGGUGGUUUAUCAGACGGGACUAAAGUGGCGGUUAAGAGAUUGAAAAGGUCUAGUUUUCAGAGGAAGAAAGAGUUCUACUCCGAGAUUAGAAGAGCAGCUAAACUUUAUCACCCGAAUGUAGUUGCUAUAAAAGGUUGUUGCUAUGAUCAUGGAGAACGUUUCAUUGUUUAUGAGUUCAUAGCUAGUGGACCUCUCGAUAGAUGGCUACACCAUGUGCCUAGAGGUGGUAGAAGCUUGGACUGGAACAUGAGAUUGAACAUCGCCACAACUCUUGCUCAAGGAAUCGCGUUUCUACACGACAAGGUCAAGCCACAAGUGGUGCACCGCGACAUCCGAGCUAGCAACGUGCUACUUGAUGAGGAGUUUGGAGCUCAUUUAAUGGGUGUUGGUCUCUCAAAAUUCGUUCCUUGGGAAGUAAUGCAAGAGAGAACCGUAAUGGCGGGUGGAACCUACGGUUACCUCGCACCCGAAUACGUUUACAGAAACGAGCUAACCACGAAGAGCGAUGUCUACAGUUUCGGAGUCCUUUUGCUUGAGAUUGUGAGCGGUCGUAGACCAACUCAGGCUGUUAAUUCUUCAGUUGGGUGGCAGAGCAUAUUCGAAUGGGCAACACCAUUGGUUCAAGCUAACCGUUGGUUAGAGAUUCUUGAUCCGGUUAUUACAUGCGGUUUACCGGAAGCAUGUGUGGUUCAGAAAGUUGUUGACUUGGUUUAUUCUUGUACUCAGAAUGUGCCAUCAAUGCGUCCAAGGAUGUCACAUGUGGUUCAUCAGCUUCAGCAAUUGGUCCAACCUUUAGAGGUUAAGUAGUUAAUUAAUUAACAUAAGUCUUAAUAAAACACUUUUUGUUUGACUGUAUAAUCGAAUCUUAGGAGACUUGUCACAUUACUUUUCAUGGAGAAAGUAAAGAAAUGUUAGAGCCAAAACCGAUGUCGUAUUAAAGAAAGUUCUUGGAAGUUUAUAAAGGAUUCGAGCUAAAGUCCUUGUUAACUAAGUAGUUCUGGAUAAGUUCAAGCUUGUUCUCUAAGUUUCACAUGUUUAAUAUUAAUAAAAAAAACUAAGCGUCAGAGAACUUAUAAAGACCAUAUCCAAAGCAUUUCAUUAGUCUUAAUAAAUCACUUAAUGUUUGACUGUAUAAUAGAAUCUUAGGAGACAUUUCAUUGUCCAAUUACUUAUCAUGGAAAAAGUAAAGAAAUGUUAGAGCCUAAAACGAUGUCUUAUUAUAGAAAGUUCUUGUUAACUAAGUAGUUCUCUAUAAUUUUAAACUUGUUCUCUAAGUUUCACAUUUUUAGUAUGUAAUACGCUUCAGAUAAUAUAAAGACUAUAUCCAAAGCAUUCCAAGGAAAGUCUUCCAUCUUUUGUAUUUACAUAUAUCUCUUACUUUCUCUUAAGAGGAAACUUCUUGGUUUGUUACUUUGCUUCAUAGCUUUUGCUAUAUUCUGAUUCUGAGUAUUACUUCAACUCCAUUCACUAAACCACCGUUAGAUUCUUCUGUGUUUUCA